AUGGCAAAGAAAGUAUGGAGCUUGGUGCGUGUGAUGUUCAUCAUGUUGAAGAAGGGCAUCAUUUCCAAAAGAAAAUUCUUUGUUGAUCUUAAUAUGAUGAUGAAGCGUGGCAAGAUCGCCGGCAAGGCCUUUCACAACCUUAUGUUCCACGGCCACCACAAUUGGGCUGCUUCCACCUUCCACCGCCACCCACAACACCUCGCCACCCCUACCACACCACCACGCGAAUACGAAUUCAGCUGCAGCAACACUCCACCUUACCCUCUCUCCCUGUUUUCUACCCACAAGAAACACAAAAACAAGCACCACCGUGUUGCUACUCCGAACCCGCCGCUGGCUGUAGACGAUUGUGAUGACAUAAUAAUCGAUGAUGCGGUUUUUAAGGUUCUCAAUAUGCUGACAAGCGCCGCAGCGUCGCCACCACUGCCGGAAUUUAGGAACACCCCGAUGGUGGAGCAGAUGAGGAUAACGGACUCACCGUUUCCGUUCACUCACUGUGGCGAAGAUGGUCAUGUUGACGAGGCUGCUGACAAGUUCAUAAAGAGAUUUUAUAACGGUCUAAAACGGGAAAACUAA